CGUCGUAAGGUCAAAUUGGAAAGGUCAUCCCUGUUAGUAAACGCAAGGUGGGAGGGAGAACCAGUCGGUACGCGUAAGAUCAAGGUCGCACUGUUAAAUUUUGGUCGACUACAGCGGACUUUGAACCAAGAAAUCGGGAAGUAGCUGGAUGGCCAGUAACAGUCAUCACGCAGCUGAACCGAGAAGCUAACACCAGGAUGACCUCCCAGGUCACCUUCCGCGUGCAUGUGUCCGUGUCUGCCCAGCACUGUGUGGCUGUGGUAGGAGACUGUCCAUCCCUGGGCGGCUGGGACCCUCACAAGGCUGUGGACCUACAGAAACAAGACAGUGAUGUGUGGAGCUGUACAGUGCCCUUACCUGAGGGAACACCUGUCCAGUACAGGUACAUGGUCUGUCAUAGCAGACAAGACAAGAUGGGGAAGAAACUAAUGAUAGUCAAGUGGGAAACAUACAGACAACCUCGAACCUUCAUACCCGAUGGGCAAAAUUGUGUUGCUGAUGGAGGGAGUUUUGGAAGCUAUGAUGGAGAUGGCUGUGCUGUUGACCAGGGCUGGUUAGUUGAUCAGACAGAGAUCCGGCUACGCUUCCAUUCCUCCAAGUCUCCUCCCAUCACCAUCUUCAGCCAGCAAGACGUCAACAGGAAAUUCCUCAUCAAAGUCAUGCCUAUUAACAUACAGGCAUUACAGGAACAAACAGGAGAUGGAAAAGAUGACAGCUCUACCUGUGAAGAAAUCCCAGUGACCUGCAAGGUGCUGAAUGACACCCAGUGGCACCCAGUUCUACAGCACCAGUAUGGUCACCUGUGGGAGAACGACAGCUACCUCAUCUUCACUACUCAGGUGUUCAACCCUCAGGACUGGGCCUUUGACAUACUGCUGUAUGCUGAGUCAGAGGUCAAUGCUGCCCAGUCGGACGGCCACGCCCAGCCUGUUGCCAAGGCAACGGUCCUGCCCACUAACCUGACGGGGUCCACAGGUGUGGUGUCUGUCCCCCUCCAUAACAACCACAACAGGCUGGUUGGACAGAUCAAUGUUGACUACCUGAUGAUCACCCCCAUGCCUGAUGAUGUGUGCACGGCUGAGGUGUCCUAUGCUCGCUUCUGGAAGAAACGGAAAACCUUGGAUGUGGGACACAGGGGCAUGGGCAACUCUUACACUGCUGCCUCAGUCUCACACAUACGAGAGAAUACCAUAGCAUCACUGAUGAGUGCUGCUAACCAUGGAGCUGCUUUUGUGGAGUUUGAUGUCCAGCUUACUAAAGACAAAGUCCCCAUUGUUUACCACGACUACAAGGCCUGCAUUUCAACCAAGAUGAAGGGAGGAACAAGUGGUGCUCAGUUGAUGGAAGUUGCUGUCAUGGACCUGACUUUGGAGGAUGUGCAAAGUCUCAAGCUUGAUCACAAGACUGCUAAGAAACUCCUAGCAGACAAAGAUGCAAGUAUUGAUGAGGAGGAGCCCCCAGAUGUUCAUCCCUUCCCAACUCUCAGAAAGGUCUUCAACACCCUUCCAGAGCAUGUCAACCUCAACAUAGAAGUCAAGUUCCCUCUACUGCAGCAGGAUGGUGCCUGGGAAGAAGAAAUGGACACGUACUUCGACCGUAAUGAGAUAGUUGACAUCAUCAUGCGGGAGGUGUUGGAGAAUGGAGGGAAGAGGAGAAUCCUGCUGUCCUCGUUUGAUGCAGACUGCUGCAUUCUACUGCGUCGUAAGCAGAACAAGUACCCUGUGCUGUUCCUGUCUCAGGGUGUGACAGAGCGCUGGGCUGAGAUGAUGGACCUCAGGUGUCGCACGGUUCCCAUGGCGAUGAACUUUGCCCUGGCAGAGGGUCUCCUGGGAGUAGAUCUUCAUGCAGAAGACAUCUUAAGAAAUCCAUCCUUCACUGAAGAGAUUGCAAAACGCAAACUGGUUUGCUUCGUUUGGGGAGAAGACAUUAACGACCCGGCCAACAUGAGUCUUCUGAAGUCCAUGGAGGUGGAUGGCAUCAUCUAUGACAGGAUGUGCGACCAUAGAGAACCAGGCCUGUACCAGUUUGAGACUGAAGAACAGAUGGGACCAUUCCUGGCCAGCGUCUCUCAACACACACACCACUGAUCAAAUGUUACUUCUACAACACCUCCUUGUGAAAUAUUUUAGUACUGCAUGCUGUGGUGAAACUUCUUAGAACCUUUCCACUGUGCUUCUUUGGACACAGGUCAACAAUGGUGCUGAUAAAACACCGUGAUUCAACUUUUGCCCCAAAUCUUGCCUAUAUGAGAUUUAGUGUUUUUCAUCUCAAAAGCAUGGCAAAGAGUUGGAAUACCUUCAGAAAUGUUGAGGUGAAAGUUGUGGAAAGAAUACUUCUUUUAAUGCAAUGUUGCUGGCUAUUUUAAAGAGUAUAUGCUGCUGUGAAGUUUAGUACACUGUAAAUACAUACAAAUGUUACAAAGCAACAAAUUCCAUUUUGCCAUAUUGUAUGCUGGCAUCUUUUUAUGUAUGGUAUAUAUGUAUUGCCUGUAUCAGGACUGUGUGAAUUUUACAUGGCACAGUGUAUACGUAAUUGAAAACAUUGAUUUCAACAGCAAUAUCAAUGUUAAGAAUGAACUAUAAUAAAACAUGACAAUGCCAAGUACUUGAGAGCAUAACUGACUAC